AUGGCAGGGCGUUCGUGCCAUGACGAACCAACAAACUCGGACAUUGUAGCAAUGUUGGGGAGAAUUGAUUUAAAACUUAAGGAUAUGGAUAAAAGUUUGAAGCGUAUUGAGUCACUCGAGAAAAAAGUAGAUAACUUUGACAAGGAGCUGAAAAAGGUAUGGUUACACCUCGACAAGUUUACGAAUGAGAUCAGUGAUAAAGUAAACAGAGUUGAACAUAAGGUGGACUCAGUAGAUAUAGAGUUAGAGGGUGCCAGGAGAAGGAUAGCAGAUCUUGAACGGGAUAAAGAUAAGCUCAAAGAAGACAUUACUUAUGUGCAGUCUCAAAGCAUGAGAAACAAUUUAAUUUUUGGAAAUAUACCGGAAGUGCAAGACGAAACACCGGCUAAGACAGAGCAAAUUUUGCGAGAAUUCAUUGUGAGUAAUCUCAAGGUGACAAAGGAAGAAGUGGACGGUAUGCGGUUAGAGAGGGUGCACAGAAUGGGCCAGAAGCAAAAUCAAUCAGCAGGGCAGGGUUCCACCCGGGAAGAAAAUAACCAGCGCCACCGCAGCAUUGUGUGCAAAUUUUGUUUUUUCGGCGAUAGGGAGAAGGUUCGUGGUAACAGCAAGAACUUAAAAGGUUCACAGUUCUACGUCACAGAACAAUUCCCACAGGAAGUUGCGGCGAAGAGGAGGCGAUUAUUCAAGAGGGUCAAGGAGGAGAAACAGGCCGGACGAAGAGCUUGGGUGUCUUACGACACUCUGUAUAUUGUUUAA